AUGCCGCUGGAGAACAAACCUACCAUACUGUGGAUUGGUGAUGCAGUCAAACACAAUCCAGCUGUCUACAAACGUCUGGAAAGCCAGUUCAGAAUCAUUCGGCCAGAAGUUGAGAUCCGCCAGCGUCCUGCGUUCUUGCAAGCGCUCCGAUCAAAGACUUGGGGAGAGUUCGAUGCUGUUCUUCGACCCUUCUGGGUGACUGGUGGUGAGAUGGGUCGUUGGGAUACUGAGUUGGUCCCACUCCUCCCCAAAUCAUGCAAGAUCUUUGCCAGUGCAGGCGCUGGUUAUGAUUGGGCCGACGUUGACGUGCUUGCCGAGCACGGCAUAGUGUAUUACAAUGGCGCACAGGCAUCCUCGGAAGCAGUUGCAGAUAUGGCUAUAUUCCACAUCCUGUCAGUCUUCCGCAAUCUUACCUGGUCUCAUCUGGCGGCUCGCUCAGGCGAUCCUGAGCAAUGGUUGGACGCGCACGCAAACGCUACCAUGGCAGCUCACAAUCCACGCGACCACAUCCUUGGUAUCAUCGGACUUGGAAACAUUGGCUACACCAUCGCUCAGAAAGCAUUUGCUGGGUUCGGCAUGAAGAUCCACUACUUUGACGUUAGUCGGAAAUCACGUCAACAAGAGGAAGUCAUCAAUGCAACAUUUGUAGACGAUCUCGAGUCUUUGCUGGGCAAUGCAGACUGUGUUGUUCUUGCAACCCCAUUCGGUGGAAAGAAGGUCAUCGACGCCGAGAGUUUGGCCAUGUUUAAGGAAGGAUCUCGAUUCGUCAACAUCGCAAGAGGUACUCUGGUUGAUGAAGACGCUCUUGUGAGAGCGCUGAAAAGCGGCAAACUCUUCGCUGCUGGACUGGAUGUGUAUGAGAACGAGCCGAAUAUCCAUCCAGAGCUUUGUAAAAUGCGCAAUGUAACCCUCACUUGCCACAAUGCUGGUGGAGCCAUCGAAACCAACUACGGAUUUGAGAGAUUGGCGAUGGAGAAUGUUGAAGCGAUGUUGCUUACCGGCAAGGCACUGACACCCGUCAAUACGCAUCUGAUGAAGAGUUGA